UGCCUAGCUACUUUUUAUGAAUGUUGCUUUCUUUUCCACCCGCUGCAGGACCUCGACAAAAAGGAUGCGUUAUCUGAUGCUCAUAUGGACACUGCCAGUCGAGACAAGCCAGAAGAAGCUGGAGACCCUAAUCUCAUUGAAGUGGAUGCAGUGCCCAUCAGUCCUGACGAGUCUCCACGUUCAGUACAUGGAGAAGGUGUCACCACCUUGGAAGAUGAGUUUGAUCCUAUCAGCGAUGAUGAACUGGAGGCCCUCAUUGAUGAAUCUCAGGAGAAGGAACCAGCUCCUGAGCCUGAACCGGCCAUCUCAGACGUGCUGGACAUUGACUGGUCAAUCUUGGUGAAGGAAACCAGCCGGCCCAAGGAGGGCACCGCGAGCGAGAAGCGUGGCUCUGCUCGCGAACGCUAUUCGGGAGCUCGUGUGCUGGCACGCAUUGGCAUCUCGCGAGACCUGGCUGGUGAAGAGCUUGCUCAGCAGGUAGUCGAGUUCUGCCAGAAGGAGCUGGCCAGCGACAAGAAGGAACCAGAUGAGCAAGAUGAAGGAGCAGGAGCAGGGAAUGGAGCAGCACAGAAGGACGGAGAUUUCCAGCUGGAGAACCUGACGGCAGGCUUUCACGCGGCUGCUGUGGCGGCACGGAGGCAACAGAACCUGGCACUGGAGUCAUGCGGACGCUACUGCCGCGCCCUCUCAGCACGCCGGGAUCUCAUGUUGCGCCGGGCACUCUGCAAGGUGUAUGAGCCAAGUUCCACGGAGCCAGCUACGAAUGUGGAUUUGCAGUUGUACAAGCGCAGCCUGCAACUCUACCAAUCUCGUACCCAGGUGCAGCUCGCAUGUUAAACCUGCCCCUCCCCUUCUUCCCAGGCGCUAUUUCUGCAUUUCCACUUUGUUUCCACCAUGUAUUAAUUGGUCUCACUGACAAUUGCUGAACAAUUGGCCCUUCUUUGCUCUGUUUUCCUUUUUUCUGUGCCUUCACAGUCGAGCAUAAGUGGAUAGAGCCGUGGUGGAGAGGGUGCAUUCUUCAAUCAGUCUUAUUAAGCUCCUUGGUGCUGCUUUUGCGUUCUUUACGUUUCAUCUUUCACUUUGUUCUCUACCCGCAUUUCAUCCCUCUCAUCAUUGUUGCCCUGUCUGGAGAAGCAUUAAAAAUGUCAAAAU